UUUCUGUUCUCAUCACCUUCUUGCGGUCCGGUCACUGCCCUUCCCUUUCCCCUCCCUUCACCAUCUCUCUUUCUCUCUCUUUCAACAUGAGCUUCUUCAGUAUGGUAGAGGCAAGACUGCCUCCGGGGUUCAGAUUCCACCCUCGGGACGAGGAGCUUGUGUGCGACUACCUCGCCAAGAGGGUCUCAGGUGAUGGUGGGAACGGUAGCUUCCAUGGCUGCCCUAUGAUGAUCGACGUUGACCUCAACAAGUGCGAGCCGUGGGAUCUUCCCGAGAUGGCAUGCGUCGGUGGCAAGGAAUGGUACUUCUUCAGCCUCCGGGACCGGAAGUAUGCGACGGGGCAGCGGACGAACCGGGCGACCAAGUCAGGUUAUUGGAAGGCCACCGGGAAGGAUCGGGAAGUCCGCCGAUGCAGGUUACUUAUUGGGAUGAGGAAGACUCUGGUCUUCUAUCAAGGGAGAGCUCCCAAGGGGAAGAAGACUGACUGGGUCAUGCAUGAAUUUCGCAUGGAAGGACCAAGCAACCCACCAAAGUUUUCUUUCGCUAGUAAGGAAGAUUGGGUCUUGUGUAGAGUAUUCUACAAGAGUAGAGGAGUCGCCUCCAAGCCAAUCACGGAGACUUGCUACGAUGACUCAGGCUCUUCCGCCCUCCCUCCCCUCAUGGACACAUAUAUCACCUUCGACCAAGCUCCACCGAGCUUAGAUGGGCAUGAGCAGGUUCCCUGCUUCUCCAACCUCCCACUAAACCUGGCAUCUCACCUCCCAAAUGCCAUAGAUCCCACCAUCCCUAUGGUUGAAAGAAGCCUGCCCACCAAGAUCUCAGCACACAAGGGGAGCCUGCCAGAUAUGGGUUCUUGUGAUAAGAAGGAUAUAAGGGCUGUCUUGAAACACCUCACCAAGUUGGAGGACAACCCUAAGAGAGAGGUCCAUCCGAAUCUGGGUCAAGGAAGCUUAGAGACCUAUUUAACUGAAAAUGGCCUGUCCCAUAUUUGGAACACCUUUUGAUUUAGUGAGAUUUGUAGGGUCUGUUAGGAGUUGGUCAUAAAACAUCUGAAGGCACCCACAGAACUUGUACAUAAAUAUAAUCCAAUACGUGUGUUGAGAUGAGUGUUUUAUUAGCAUUGUACAUUUAUUUACCUAUAAGAAAAGACCUUUCUUUGGGUGUAUUCAGUGAAUUUGUUACGUACCAUUCACUUGAACCUUGUGUUCUUUAUCAAUGAAUUAGUUGGGCUUUCUUCAAG